GUAACUUUUUAUUCUUUUUUUCCAGAACAUAAUACGGAAAUAAUGAUUGACACAGCAGUAGAGAAAAAGAAGCGAAAGCGCUCCCAUGCUGAUAAGAGAGCUAAGAAGCAGAAGCAUGAAGCAGAAGCAGUGGAAAAAUCACAACUUGAUGAAUCGAAAGAGAACAAUCAAGAGGCGGUAAUCGAUGAAGAAACUUUUUUAAAUGUUAAAUUCGAAGCGCUUGAUUGUCAUGAAAAUACUAAGAAGGCGAUAAAAGACAUGGGGUUCGUCGAAAUGACUCAAGUUCAAGCAAAAACAAUCCCCCCUCUUUUAGAGGGCAAAGAUGUUCUAGGAGCUGCAAAAACAGGUUCCGGAAAAACUCUUGCAUUCUUAAUUCCAACAAUCGAACAUUUGAUUCGCAACAACUUCAAGGCUAGACACGGUACAGGAGCUAUUAUUGUUUCUCCUACUCGCGAGUUGGCCAUUCAGAUUUAUGGCGUUGCUGAGGAGCUCUGCAAAUAUCACUCCAACCUCACUCAUGGGAUUGUUAUUGGCGGUGCUAACCGUAAGGCAGAGUCGGACAAGUUGACGAAGGGUGUCAAUUUAUUAGUUGCUACACCAGGUAGAUUAUUGGAUCAUUUGCAGAAUACACAAGGAUUUAUUUUCCAGAAAUUGCAAACAUUUGUCAUCGAUGAAGCAGAUCGUAUUUUAGAUAUUGGUUUCGAGGAGGAAAUGAAGCAAAUUGUCAAGAUCUUACCCAAGCAACGUCAAACUAUGCUUUUUUCAGCAACACAAACCACCAAAGUAUCUGAUCUUGCACGAGUUUCACUUAAAUCGCCUUUAUAUAUCAAUGUGGAUGAAAAGAAUGAGACUUCAACAGCUGAAGGAUUGGAACAAGGUUUUGUUUUGGUAGAGGCUGAUAAGCGAUUUCUUCUUUUGUUCACUUUUCUCCGCAAAAACCAAAAGAAAAAAGUGAUUGUUUUCUUUUCAAAUUGCAACACAGUUAAAUAUUACGCCGAACUGCUGAACUACAUUGAUCUACCAGUUAUGGAAUUGCACGGCCGUCAAAAGCAACAAAAGCGAAAUUCAACAUUUUUUGAAUUUUCGCAAGCAGAGAAGGGUAUUUUACUAUGUACAGAUGUAGCAGCAAGAGGCCUAGAUAUCCCAGAUGUUGAUUGGGUUGUACAGUUUGAUCCACCAGAUGACCCAAGAGACUACAUACAUCGUGUUGGCAGAACUGCGCGUGCGGGAAGUAAGGGGAAAUCAUUACUAUUUUUACUACCUAGCGAAGCUGGCUUCUUGAAGUAUUUGAAAGAAGCAAAGGUUCCUUUGAACGAAUACCAAUUCCCUGAAAAUAAAAUUGCCAAUGUACAAAGCCAGUUGGAGAAAAUUAUCGAGAAGAACUUUUAUCUUAAUCAAUCUGCACGAGAUGCUUUUAGAUCAUAUUUGCAAGCAUAUGCAACUUUUCAACUCAAGAAUAUCUUCAACGUCGAUAAGCUUGAUCUCAAAAAAGUGGCCAAGUCGUUUGGUUUCAGUGUCCCUCCUAAGGUUAACUUAGCUAUCACAAGCUCAAAAUAAAACAUUUUAAAUAAAGUUAUCAUCAUUGUGCAUAUCAAUUAGCUGCAUUUUUGUUGCUCGGAUAUGAUGAUUAAAUGAAC